AUGGUGCCGAAGCUAUCUCGUUAUGUAGCCGAAGCAACGUCGGAGCAUGUUGGAAGGAAGGCCAGAGAUGGGGUUGUGGUGAAGGUGAAUGGGUUUUCUUUGUUCAAGAAGAAGAGGCAAGCGAUCAUGAGCUUCAAAGAGGGGUUCGGGAACUCUAUAGACUAUAUCGAAGAUACUACGCGGAAGCCACAUUAUAAUGGAUGCAGGCUCCCGAAGAAGCGCAGAAUCUAG